AUGGAAGACGAAGAGAUUGCUAUUUUUGAGGCACACUCAUUUAAAUAUAACAGUACAAUCGCAGAGGGUUGUUUUGGCUCAUUGCUCCUUAUUUAUUCACCCAAAACACAACUCAAUUACUGCCUGAAAAGAAUACACGAAAGUAGAUUUAAUCAAACAGAUUUACAAUAUAUCGAGAAAAUUGAAGAUACACCCGAGAUAGAACUUUACACGUAUUAUAAAUUUCAAGAUUAUGUCUACAUAUUGCAGGAUUAUUCGCCAAAUGAUAUCUACUUUUUAUUGAAGAAGCAAGCAGAAUUUACCGAUGAUCAAUUAAUGAAAUACUGUCAUGAAAUACUUCUAACAGUAAAGCAGUACCAUGACGAAAACAUGUCACAGAACGAUAUUAGACCAACUAACUUCGUUUUUGACAAAUUUGGCAGAAUAAGGGUAUCUAGUAUGACUAUAAAUGCAUCAUCAGAAGAUUUUCAUUCAUCACCCUCACAUACAGGAACAAUGCUAUUUAUGGCACCAGAAGUAUUCCGCAAAAAGUCAUACGAUCCGCUGAAAUCUGAUAUUUGGUCCAUUGGAGUUACAUUUUAUUGUAUGGCCACCAAAAAUUACCCAUAUUACGCUACUAAUCUCAAUACAUUUUUGAAGAUUUUAAAUACUGGCAUCUAUCCAGUAUUUACUGUUGAGAACACAGAAUUGAGAAACAUAAUCAUUAAAUGCCUAGACUUUGAUCCAAAUAACAGACCAGCUGUAACAGAAAUUCUGUCUAUGCCUUACUUUAAGAAGCUUAACACACCAUCUCCAAUGUCGAAACUUAAUGUUAUUAAAACAGCUAAAUCAACCAGUGAAUUACAAUCCCCGUUCAUGAAAAAAAUGUUUCAAGAUAGUUCGACAAGGAUCUCUCAAGUUCCAUUUAGGAGAAGAAUGUUCAACGCUAGAAGUAUGAAGGCAGAAAAACAAGACCCCACUGUUAUUUAA